UGUCCAGCCAUAUGCAGUAUUUUGAAAAAGUGUGCAAGAAUUGACAAUGCCAACAAACGGAAAUGUUUUCAAAUAAAUAAAUAUACACAAUAUAUAAAAACCAGCUCCUCCCUCGACAGAGAUCGAUCAUCUCGAAAACUGAAGAAGAUAGCUUGAUACGGAGGUAUAAUAAGAACGGGGCCCACAUAUAGAGGAAGGUUCACAGGGAUAGUCAGAUAGCUUUGGGUGAAGAAAUGGCGCCCACUAGUGAAUAUUCUAUUAUAUUGUAUUCAUGAUGAUUUAACUUUUCCCUCAUAUUAAACAGUAACCUCCAGUCUCAUAAAAUUAGGAUUUAUUUGGAAAGGGAGUACGGUUAUUGUGGGUUAGGUUCAUUAGUAACUUUGGCAAUAAACAACGAAAUUGUCUGGGCGGCGUGUUCCUUUGUAAUGGGUUAUUUUGGCUCACUGCCUGUUCAGGCUUGUCAUAGUAGACUGCUGGGCUUGUUGCCCGUUUACUGUAAAUUCAGAAUCCUUCCUUGUAAAGGAAAGAAGGGAUUUGAUAAUUUCCUCCUGUAGCCUACAUUCGAUAUUAUGCUACUAUAGUCUAUAAAACUAUUGUGCAAGAUGACAGUGAGGAUUCUAACCAUAAUGAUUCCCGAUAAUUUCAGACAAAGGAGAUUGGGAUUUACUAAACCUACGGUUAUAGAAUCUGGUAAAAUUAUUUCUGUCUAGACAGAGCUCUGUAAAAAGUUCACAGUGAUACUUUUGCAUUGGACAGUUUAGUUACUAAUAGGCUACUCGCCCUCUUUGUGUCCAGACAAAGUGAACGCAUCUAGCAUGCACAGUCACUAACAGGAAACUGCAUGGUUUGAGGGGAGGAGAAUUACGGUACGGGAAGAGGAUAGGAAUAUAAGUACUGCGCUACAAAACAGAAUAUAUGUUACAGAUGUGAUAUGAUUAUGAAAGAGCCUCUGAAGGAACAAGGAAUACUUCUGUUAAGUUCAAAUGGAGCAGGCCUUUCUUUUGGUUUUACAAGUAGUCUUAUGGCCCACUCUUGCAGCCUUGUUCACAGUGGAGGUGGACAGUCCAUCCCACGUGGCAGAGUUCGGCGGUGAUGUCACCAUGGGUUGCAGGUUCCAACCUGGGGGCCGGGGCCCAAACCUGUCAGUGAUAUGGCAUCGCAUCUGGCCUCCUCCAGUUGUGGAGGUGUACAGGCUGGAGAACAGACAGGAAGACCUCACUUCCCAGAAUCCCCAGUACCGUGGCAGGGUGCGACUGGUGACGGAGGAGCUUACCAAUGGGUGGGCCAAGCUAGAGGUGUCCAUGCUGAGGAUCAAUGACUCUGGGACCUACCAAUGCCUUGUGGAAAUGGUGGGAGCUGAUUACAAACAGACCACUUUGACUGUCAAAGCCGCCUAUAAAACUAUCGUUAAAAGCAUGAAGAGACGUAGGGGAGAUGAGGUAGAGCUGAUCUGUGAGUCUGAGGGCUAUCCUCUGGCCACUAUGACCUGGAGAGACAGGAGUCUCAGGAACAUCAAGUCCAACGACACCACUAUUAGAACUCCAGACCAGCUUUUCCAAGUCACCAGCAAGAUAACAGUGAAAUCAUCUGACAAAAACAAUUAUACCUGUGCCUUGGUGGAGGAAGGUGAAGUUCCAAAGGGUCCAUCAGCCAGGUUUGACAUCCCAGAUGAAACAGACCUACCAGCAAUUAAUAGUAAAUGUAACACCCUUUCUAUUGCAUUGGGCACAUCACUGACAGUGGCCAUGAUCUUUGCUGCUGCCAUCUUUGGUUAUCGCAGAUGGAGAGGGAGUCCCAGAUAUCCCAGCACCCCAAGCACUAACACCCUCCUAGGCUCAGCAGAGACGGGACCUGGACUCCUUUGGUGUCCAGCAGCUUCAACUGGCCCUGGUGAUGAACUGUUAGAGGGUCACACAGGUGACCUGCUCUAGGAGGUAAUAGAGAAGGAACAUGUCAGGACUGUGCUGAAGCUCCUCACUGAGACUGAGACAGUAAACUCUGUGCAAAGGACUGAGAACACAAAAGACUCAUGCACACACGUACACUCACAUUGACUCUGUCAGAUAAGGUUUAAUCAUGUUACAUUUGCUGGUACCUCAAUAAAAUGUUUUACGUUUUAAUAUUAACAACACAUUUCACAAUUGUUUUGAUAACAACAAACCGCUGAUAAUGUGCUUAAACCCAGUGUUGAUUUUCACAUGUAAAUCUGGGUGGGGCAAACUCCCCCAGAAAUUGUUAUGCAUGCCAGCAAAGCCACUACAAAACACAACAGUAAUACUUUAAUUGCACUAUAACGGUGAUAAACGGUGCCCACAAACUGAAGGGCCUACAUAAAGCUGUCCCAACAGCGGAGCUUUCCUUUCAUCACAAUGGAGUGAAUCCUUACCACCAACUACACCAGGGGGAGCCUCGUCUGGCAAUGAAACAGUUCAUUCAGCCUCAUUUACUGACUUUUUAAAACCAUAGCUGAUAUAUGGCUGACUUGCUUAAACAAAUGUGAUUUCUACUGACUCCUUGUGGAUUUGUGUAAGUUGAUAAGAACCUCAUUGUCCUUCAAUAAUAACGAACGCCAACAUGAGUUUUGAA